CCUUCUUUCACUCCCUCAUCCCCAAAACCUGCAAAUUGCGAGGGAGGGAAGAAGAGCGCGAAGGCGCGAAGCUUACCAGGCUGAGUAGUCACUGGUCACUCAUCGGUAGAGAGAGAGAGAGAGAGAGAGAGAGAGAGAAUGGCAGGAGCCAUUACUCAGCGGCAGCCUGGGUCAAGCACCGGGGGAGGUGUUGUUGGCGGAGGUCAAGUUCCUCCAGGUUCGCCGAUGUCUAUGGCGAACUCGUUUCGUGUCGCGGCCGUCGCUACGCGUUUAACCUCACACAUCAGUGGGAUUCGGACGGAUCCCAAUGAGUUCAUCAACCUUUGCCUCGCAUUAGCCAGAGGUAUUGAUUAUGCAGUUGCAAACAAUGAGGUUCCAAACCGUGCUCAAGAAUUACCUAUGGUGGUAAAACAGGUAUGUCAUCGUAAAAACAACUACAGCUUCCAAGCUGUUAUCAUGGUGCUAAUGGUAUCUGUCAAGAAUGCCUGUAAGAAUGGAUGGUUUCUGGGUAAUGAUAAUGAGGAGCUUCUUACCCUGGCGAAUGAGAUAUUGAGCAGCUUCUGUAGCUCAGGAAACAUAAACAUUGAACCAAGUUCUGCCUUUUCUGCUAUUCCAGAAAUUAUGUCCAGGUAUGACUUUCCUUUUCUCCCCCCCCCCCCGGGGCGGAACCAGAAUGCAGAAAAUAGAAACUUCAGUUUACUAAAAGACGAAAAUCUGGAGAUUUCUAAUACCUCAUCAAUGGCUGAGCAGAAUCAGCCAAUAUUUGGGUUGAUCCUCACUGACUCUGACAUAAUUGAGGGGCCAUCACGGAUAUCACUCAACUGUCCCAUAAGCCACACACGUAUUAGAACUCCAGUGAAAGGACAUCUUUGCAAACAUCAUCAGUGUUUCGAUUAUGGUAACUUCCUGGAAAUAAACUCCAGAAGACCAUCCUGGCGCUGCCCUCAUUGCAACCAUUCAGUCUGCUAUACUGACAUACGUAUCGAUCAGCAUAUGGUUAAGGUCUUGGAAGAGGUAGCAGAGGGUGUCUCUGAUGUUAUUAUCUUAGUGGAUGGAUCCUGGAAGGCAGCCUUUGAUAGUAAUGACCAAACACAUCAACCACAUGGUGGUACACUGAGUUAUGAGAAUAAUGGGCCUGAGAAGCAUGAGUUCUCAAAGGACCCUGCUAAUGUCGUGGAUCUCACUGGGGAAGAUGAUGAAAGAUAUACUGCUAAUCUAUUUGAAACUGAAGACAGGAAACCCUUCCGGGAUAACUUCCAAGGGUAUUCUGUGGCUACCAGUCUGGCCAUCCCAAUGGCAGUCAACACUACAGCUGAGGUCGGUCUAAGUUCUGGUCUUCAAAUCGAAGAUGAUUUCUGGGAAGGAAUGUUCUUGUCCAUUUCUAGUGACACUUUUGGACCAGCAGGCUCCAGCAGUAUGCUGGAUACUGCGGCUGGUGCGAUUUCUGAGGCCACCCCAACCAAUUUUGUGCCAUCUCCUGUGCUAACUGAUGCUAUCUCUCCUGCUCUUAAUCGAGCUGACGUCCAGGGGGCUACUCAGCCUACAACCUCUGUACAUCCAGUUCAAUUUUCCGUCCCCUUUAACUUGCAGAUACAGCCAUCACAAUUUGGUAAUUCAAUUGUCAGUAACGAAUAUGGAAGAACAACAGUAUCCCGAAAUAUUAGCAGAACUCCAAUAGCAAUUCAGGCUCUUCCUGCUCAGACUCAAGUGCCGAGUUCAAAUCAACGGCUGCGAACAAAUUUGAAUUCUUUGCUGCCAGAUGGUGCCCCUUCUGUUUCUCAGAGUGUAAUGGAUACAAAUGGAUUCAAUGCUGUUGGUGGUGAGGCAGAAAUGCAGCAACAGUUCUCCAGAUCACUAAUGAAUCCUCUGCCGACUUCAGACAUUGCAUCAUCUUCAAUGCAGCAACCUUUGAUGAUACAGAGCUGGGAUCAUCAACAACGAAUACACUUUCCAACUCAAUCACUCCCACAGGUUGUUGGCCUUCUGGCAACUACCCAAGUUGCAGGUGCUUUAAGAAGCUCUUCCCAGCUUAGCCACCAGCAACUUCCAAACUCAAGGUUGCCUCAAAAUAUGAACCGGCCCUCAAGUCUGUUGCAGUCUACUCAUUUUCCACGAACACAGAUUCAGCAAGUAGGUGCACGGGGAGUUGGGUUGGCUACAGGAGGCACAACCAAUCAACAUCUUCUGCCUAUGUCUGCUGGUUUGCGAACUGCGCAGAUGGCAAGACCAUUAACAGUGCCUGUUCAACUCCACCCACCCCGAACAGGACCUUCUUUAGCAAUGCCAAUGGAUGAGCAGGGAGGAGGAAAUGUGUUGCAACCUGUCUCCAGUGCAGAUGGAUUAGGGGAAUUAUCAUCAGAGCAUAACUGGCGUCCCUCUGGGAGAAUGAGGGGAAGUCUCACAGGUCCGGCUUAUUCUGCUGCUCUUAGCCAGUAUAUGGGCCAACCAACUCCACCAGCACAAUUUUCUGGACCACCACCCAAUCAGAUUUCGUCUCCUAGUCUUUCCCAAAUGCAUGUGCUUGUUACCAACAGUAUCAAUGCCCAUGGACUGCGGCAACAAGCUUACUCGAGGACAGGAGAAGCAAGCAUGCCUGGGACCUUGGGCAUUCAUCCUGGACGAUCUAUGGGGCACCUAGGGUAAUCUACUGUGGUACUUUAGUGCAUUUUGUGAGUAGAUAGUACAGCCAAUUUUGUCCCCAAGUCAAUGUCUUGUAAAGUUACAUUUUGAGUUUCUUAAAGCAUGGGAUGGGUUUUAUGUAUAGAUUAUGGUAUAUUCCUCGUGUAUAGCAUUUUUGAAAAAACCUGGUUUCUCUCUCUCUGUUCUUUUUCCUUUUCCCAUGAGUCUGCAAUGCUAGUGGUAGUGUUAGAGUUCGAGAGACAGGCGGCAGUUGUUGGUUUACAGCUUUGUUGCUCGAGGAACAGGUAUACUUACAGAAUACACAGAAUACAGAGGCAAUUAGCAUCACAUUUCAAUGACUUCAAAAAGUUCACCAACAGCUGCGAUAACCACCACCUUCAAGUAGCUCUCAUUGUGAAGGUUUCGGUAAGUCGUCAUUUUCCAUAUUCUCCUUGAUUUGGUUCUAUGUCAAUGUUUUCAUUGAUUGAUCUGGCAGUGAUCCAAUGCUUUACCAGUAUAUUGUUUGUUAUUUUCAUGCAAGAUCUCUGUAAUCUAAUUCAUUUUCUUACCUGGAGAAGAAAAUGCUGUCACUUUUUUUUCUCUGUAAUCUAAUUAAUUUUCUUACCUGGAGAAGAAAAUGCUCACUUUUUGCU